CCCUUUUCUAUCCGAUGGAUGCACAGUGAGAAAGAACGACCCACCUUCCUUUCCGCUCCAACAUGUUGUUUCUGUCACCGUAUGCUCUUGCCCCGGGCCCCUUCCAGCCUUUCGGUCACAACCCACUUCCUUUGGAGUACCCUGUCGCCAAGUUUCUUUAUGUGUAUUUCGUCCUGGAUCUUUCUCUUCUUGGAAGCGGCGAACACAUCACUUCCGUCAUAUGACGAAGUGGGAGAGGGACACUUUGGCGGGACGCCCUCGUGGCAUCGGUAUGGACAUGUUCCCACAGGCGCUUGCACCUGUUGUCCAUGCCCCUUUCCUGUUAGGUGUCCACCCAACAGGUUUGGCCGUAAGUAUCAUUUCUCCUCUCACAUUGAGACUCAUGCUGACAUCCUUACAUGUCCAGGAACAUCUUAUGUUUCCCUCAUUGUUGGGCAAGGAGCACAUUUCAUGGUAAGCUGAUCAGAUCCACUCGUGUAUUUUUCGCCACUAACAUUGGGUUACGCCACUGGCGGGAGCUUCCCCCUACAUUAGUCGAUUUUAUAGCUCAGCUCCGUCAUAUGGUGCACUAGAAGCAUGUUGACUGUAAGUACAGUUCUGAAUUCGUGCUGGGAUCCGUUCCACUCUGUUUCACCUAUCUCAGCAGACGUGUAUUUAUCCAGGUAGUUGUGUACAAUAUUACUUUUCAUUGCACUGGUUAGACUGAGAUGCACGCCUAUUGAGCUCUGCGUUACUU